CGUAAAUAUUCUUUUUUUAUUUUUAUUUUUUAGAAUGAAAAAUAAUUUUAUUUAGAUUCUUCUGAAUGAUUCUAUUUCAAAACAAGUUAAAGCAAUAAAACAUGGAAAUGAAGAAAUUCAAUCAUCAUCACAUAUUCUUAUUCUUCUUUAUACAAGUAUUUUUCUUUCUAAAAAAUAUUGUAAUCUAAAAGCUGAUAAUAUAUUUGGUCAAACUUGUCCAUCAAAAAGUCAAUGUCAAUGGACAUGUGAUAAUCGAAAAUUAGGUCAAGCAGAUGCAAUUAUUUUUCAUGCAUAUGAUAUACAAUAUUAUCAAGGACGAGUACCAAAUCGUUCUGAAACAAAAAAAAAUUCUAUAUGGAUUUUAUGGUCAGAUGAACCACCUUCAAUGGUCGAUUAUACUUUAUUUCAAGAUUAUAAAUUUAAUUGGACAAUAAGUUAUAAAUUAAAUAGUGAAAUAUCAAUAGGAUCAUAUGGUUUAUUUAGUAAACGAAAAAUAACAUUAUCAAAUACUGAUUUUAAUCGAUGGAUUGAUGAACAAUUUAAUGAACGAUCAAAAGGUGCACUUUGGUUUGUAUCAAAUUGUCAUUCAAAACAACGUUUAGAAUAUUAUUAUAAUUUAAAACAUCAAAAACUCAUAUCCGUUGAAGGUUAUGGCCGUUGUGUUGAUUAUUAUCCAAUGCAUUUUUGUCGUGCUGGUAGUCAAUGUGAACGUGAUUAUAUGUCAAAAUUUAAAUUUUAUUUAAGUUUUGAAUCAAUAACAUGUCGUGAUUAUAUAACAGAAAAAUUUUUUAAAGCAUUUUAUCAUGGUCUUAUUCCUAUUGUUUAUGGACCUGAUCGAAUUGAUUAUAAUCAAUUAGCACCAGCUGAUUCAUUUAUACAUAUUAAUGAUUUUGAUAAAGAUAUGAAUAAAUUAGCUAAACAUUUACAAGAAAUCCAUUCAAAUUAUAAUUUAUAUGCAACAUAUCAUCAAUGGAGAAAAAAAUAUGAAGUUAUUAUUGAUCCUAAAGCAUUAGAACGAAUUCGUAUGUGUGAAUUAUGUGAACGUUUAAGUAAAAUACGUCAAGAUGAUAUUACUUAUUAUAAAAAUAUUAAACAAUUUUAUAAUGAAAAAUGUUAA